CCAGCAUAUGGGGUGUAAGGUGUUGCCGUCCUUCUUUGAUCAGGUUCCUAUGGGCUAAUGAUCUGCUUCGCGUGCCAGGAACCUUGAUAUCUCUCACAAUGGCCAUUCUCUUUGGAUCACCUGAGGAUUGUGAGAGGCUGUAGCCAAGCUAUUCGGAGGAUCAUCCUUUGAUUUUCAUUAGUGUUUCGUUUCUUUGCAUAUCGCCACUAUAGGGAUAUCUUGCCAUCUAUGCUCAUUCUGUGUGGGGAUGGUCACUUUUCCCAAUGUACGUGAACUGUGCCUUUGCAUGUCUUCUUUGAUACAAUGAUUUAAUAUCGUUGCGUUUCUGAAGUUCUGGUUUAUUAUGGAUAUGUCAUAUCCUAAAAUACACCUGCGUGGGAAGAAGAUUCUAUUGGAUAGGGCCCUUACUUUUCCAUGUCGGUUUCUACAGAACUCCAUAACACUCACCUGUAACUGAGACUCGUAAGAACAGCGUGUAUUACGAUGGGCAAUACCCCUUCAGUCACUGUCAGUGACAGUAGGCCUUUGACGACUGAUAUGGCUUCCGAUAUGCCUGGUACUGUCGACAGGUCAUCGGUAGUGGAUACUCCUACUCCCCGACCUGACUAUUACAGCAAGCCUAAAAGUCAGCACUUGACGAAAGAUUAUCCCCGCAAGCACCAUCAGACGGCAGAUCAAAACCAAGUUCACGAUAACCGUAAAGUGGUUAAGGUGUACGCCGAGAAGCUCGCUGGAGAUCAAAACCCUCAACGAAGGAGAUACUGGUCGCAGACCUCUGGCCCUGACAUGUCACAGCGCAAGCAAAUUUGGUUUUGCUAUAAGGGAAGAUUGGGGUAUAGAAAGAAGGAAGAAUCGGAGUCCUGGACAAGCUACACGGACGCGGUUCUUAGGCUAUUGCUGGAGAACCUUCGGAAAGAAAGCGACGACGUCGUUCUAAGUGCUUUAUCGAUGCCAUAUGACGAGUACAAGCAUCUUCUCUACCUAGCCUAUCCCUGGCUCAAGGAAGUAGAGAAAACAGCAGAGUCGAGUCCUCAGGGUGCUCCGGGUAUGCACACUUGGUCCCUAAAAGGGCCAGCAUUCGACGAACCGUGCCGAAAAUGCGAACGGGCUGGUGUUCACUGCGAAGCUAAAUCUAUUGAUUGCCCGGUACAUGAGCCAGGAGGGAGACAGGAGAUUCGAGGACUUAGAUGCAAGCAGUGUAUCAUGUCCAAAGACUGUUCUUGCGAUGCUUGGAUGCAUUGCUGGAAUGGUACAAGACCUGUUCGUGGACGUCCACGGGCCAUCAUGCGACAGAAUGACAACGACAAGACCGACGUGAAUACCAGUAUUUUAACGACCCGAAAACGCAAGCGUACGGACUUUGCCUCAGAGUACGAGGAUGACGAGGCUCUGCCUGAGCGGUCAGUCGCCGAGAAUGGUGAUGAACCGGUGCAAAGCCUCCGAUCUGGCGUCGUGGACUUUGUUCGACAGUUGCAAUGCCGCAUCACUGCCCUGGAGCAGGAGAAAGACCUGUUGAAACAGGAAAAUGCUCAUCUCGUGCAAUCUGUUGUCGAACUGCGCAUGGUCACACCUGUAUUGCAGGUUCGGAUGGAUGCGGCUGUGCAGGCCACACCGCAAGAGGAGCCCUAUAACAUGCCAGAGGGGGUUAUUUCGAAGAAGACCACAGACAAUAACACACGAUACCAGAAGAGGAGGCCACAAGGAGAUGGUGUUUUGAAUGCCGCGACGUGGAGGGGGGGCCGCGGCGGCUGAAGUGAAAACGGCCAAUGAAGUGUUGAAAUAAAGAUCUGUAAGGGUACAUAAGUCAGUAGACUAGUAUGUAAGGUUCGCAUAACAAAUGGAAACAAAUUUAGUCUCAUACUUUGUCCAUAGAAAUGCUCUUAAUUC